AUAGAUACAUGGACAGAUAUAAAUUAUAUCAAACCUUCUUAGGAAAACCAUGAUCAACUGUUGAACUAUACAACUGAACACCUGUCAGCAACGGUGUUUGAUUUGUUUGCUGCUGGGACAGAGACAACAAGCACAACGCUGAGAUAUGCUCUCCUCCUGCUGAUGAAGCACCCACAUGUCACAGCUAAAGUCCAGGAAGAAAUUGAUCAUGUGGUCGGCAGAAACCGCAGCCCCUGCAUGCAGGACAGGGGCCACAUGCCCUACAUGGAUGCCAUGAUUCAUGAGGUCCAGAGAUUCAUUGAUCUCAUCCCCAACAGCUUGCCCCAUGAAGUGACCUGUGAUGUGAAGUUUAGGAACUACCUCAUCCCCAAGUGUCCCCAAAGAGUCUUCUGGAAUUUUUAGCAUUGUUGGAAAACUACCAGUUAAUUGGAAGGAGCUUAUAUCCUGAUUUCUUCAAGUCUUCCAUAAAUGUAUGUCAUUCACUUAUUUUUGCUGUUUAUUUUUCUGUGUAAUAUUUUCUUCUCAAUGAUGUAGCUUGAAAAUAUUUCCUUAGAUUUUAUGGAACAAUUAAUGCUCUGUUAUAAUUUUUCAAAUGACUCUGAAUUUCUUUUUAUAUGGUUUAUAGAAAAAUUGAUUUAUUCAUUUUGUUGUUCUUAUGUUAAAUACCCUUGCAAAUUUUACUAGUUGUUUCUAAUUAUUUGUUUGGAAAUGUAUGUGGAAUUUCAAGGUGUUUUCUGAGUUAAUAUUUCUGUGUAUGUUUUCAUAUUCUCAUCCUUAUUUCUGCUUAUGUUAUUAUUGUGCCAGUUUAUAAAUAACAGCUAGCCCUGAACAAAGCUGGUUUUUAAUGUCUUCACUCAAAAAAAUCCAAUUAUAAUAAAUGUAAACAGGCCUGGAAGAAUAUGGGUCCAAUCAGAGAAUAGAAAGCAGAGCAAAAACUCAAAUUAAUAACUUAAGAUAUUCAUUCAUGAAACCUUCCCAAGAAACAGCUGAUAUUCACCUAAAUACUAAUAGAUAAAAAUAAUUCAAUGAAAAGAUUCAACUAAUCUAAGGGACAAACUAAUUUCAUUUCUGUUCAACAAGGAGUAUACCUUGAAGGUUCAAGCUUGAAAUCAAGGUAAUAUUUUAAAUAAUAUUUUGUGCUCUCUGGGGUUUAGUGAAAUACUAAUCCAAUUUCCUUUAUUGAAUUUCUGUUAUAGAAAUAAGCAUCACUGUUCAACUGGUCUAUGAUAAUACAAAUAAGCAACUUGUUCUGCUGGAGCGAAGCCAAUGAUAUCGGCAGAGAUAGUAAGCUGUGAUGAGAAAAAUAAGUUUUUCCUGCAGUUUUCUUGAUGCACAAUAUAUCAGAUUUUUUUGGAUAUUAAAAUGUUUCUGCUCCUUUGAACUCUA